AUCAAACCUUCAGAAUGAAACGCUAUUCAGUCCAUGAGGUACCAACAGAUGAUACCAGACAAUUUGAUGAUAACAUUCCAGCCGAGGUAGGUAUUGUCCUCUUGUCGAUCCAAUCUUUAUUUUGUCAUGUGUGGUAAGACACUCCUGCCGGCGAACUCCCAGCAAGCUCCAAUCCUCAGUGGCCAACUCUAUGGAAAUGAGGUUCUCGAAGGGCGUAAAAAGCUUGCGUUCAUGGGUUUAACACACAAAGCAAUCGCUUACCCAGUGUACCAAAACGGUUUGCGUGUAAUCGAAAGACCCCUUUACCGCGAUGCAUCGACCAGGUUAACCUACAGUCAAAACCGUGCGCCGUCAUUAUAACUUACGUCCUCUCAUUGAUGCACUCAGUACGAUCUGUUAGCCUCACGAUUUCUUA